GUCAGUGUUGAAGAAGACUCGGAGUAGGCGUUCCACCUGGGGAUGUUCGGAGAGGACUACGCCUGGGUGCUGUCUGGGGCUCCGCAGGACAGCUGGUGGAGAGACACAGCUGGCACCAACUGUUCCCGGGCCCAGCUGGUGAAGGCCGUGCAGGGCGUCGUCCUCGUCACUGCUCAUGGCUCCAUCAUCGGCACUAACGCCUCAGAGUCCGGACUGACCAACAGACAGUUCCUGCUGGAGUUCUCCCGGACGGGUCAGCCGCUGACGGAGUACGUCACCCAGACCUACGACGCCGUCUGGGCCAUAGCCCUCGCCCUCAGCCAGAUGAUGGAGAGGUCAGAGGUGGUGGAAGGAAGGUCAGGGUCACACCGGCGACACCUGCAGCACGCCACCACCAGGAGGGAGGUCAAGUACCCUCCCAGACCCAUCAGGAGGGAGGUCAACUCUGCCUGGGUCACCAGGGUCAACACUCCUCCCAGGAAGCCAGACAAGGAAGAUCAGAAGUGCAGUUCCAGCCUCCACCAACAGCCUGGCAGCUCCACCAAGCCGACCAUGUCCUGAGGGUGAUCCGGUGAAGGUGGCACUGUACCACCCAGAGGAGGCGGCUCUGGACCUGGAGUGCCCUGGGUGCCAGGCCCUGGUGUGGCCUGGCGGGGAGGUGCCAGCCUCCAGGGUGUUCAAAGUGAGGGUGGACACCAUCGCACCAGCCGCCUUCGUCAUCAUGUCCGCCCUGGCCAGCCUGGGCAUCCUGCUGGCACUCGCCUUCCUCAUCUUCAACCUUACCUACCGCAGGCUCAAGUACAUCAAGCUCUCCAGUCCCCGGCUGAACAACACGACUGUUGUGGGAUGUGUGUUGGUGUACACCGCUGUCAUCCUCCUGGGGCUGGACCACGCCACCCUGCCUGCCCCUCACUGCUUCCCUGUCAUCUGUACCGCUCGGGCUUACCUCCUGUCAGCGGGGUUCUCCUUGGCGUUCGGUUCCAUGUUCACCAAGACAUACCGUGUUCACCAGAUCUUCACCAGGUCUAACAGCGCCGGCGUCGUCAGGAACAAGCUGCUGAAGGACAAGCAGCUCAUCACAGUGAUCAUGGUGCUGCUGGCCGUGGACGUGGUCAUCGUCAGCGCCUGGGUCACCGUCGACCCCAUGACCAGACACCUCCACAACCUCACCCUCGAGAUCUCCGCCGGGCACCGCGGCGUCGUCUACCAGCCCCAGGUGGAGGUGUGUCGCAGCGUCCACACCAGCGGGUGGUUGGGCGCCCUCUACGUCUACAAGGGCCUCCUGGUGGCUGUCGGCGUCUACAUGGCUUGGGAGACCAGGCACGUCAAAAUCCCAGCACUGAACGACUCGCAGUACAUCGGGAUGAGCGUCUACAACGUGGUCAUCACGUCCAUCAUCGUCAUCGUCGCCGCCAACAUUAUCGGGGAGAGAACGACCCUCGCCUACGUCAUCAUCACCACCCUCAUCUUCACCUCCACCACCACCACGCUCUGCCUCCUCUUUAUUCCCAAGAUCUUAACCAUCAUCAGGAGAGCUGAAGGUGACCCCAUUGUUGAGAGUAUGGGGCUCAAGAUCCAGUCUAACACCCGCAGGCUGCUGACGGAGGACAAGCGAGAGAAGUACUACCGAGCGGAGGUACAGAACAAGGUGUACCGGCGGGAGGUGGUGAAGCUGGACCAGGAGCUACACAAGCUGCACCGCUGGCUCGAGGCUCCAGACAGCCCCUCCUCCUCCACGAGGUCUCUCGACCUGACCAUGAAGAAGGUAUAG